CCCAACGUGAAACGAGUACAGCUACAUUGUAUUGACCCGAUGGAAAUAACAAAUGAAACGUUCCAAGGAGGAGGAUGGGACAAUGUUACCUAUUUAAUGCUUUUUAUGAAUGGGCAAUCAUCAACCACCCUACAUGGACGGCUAUUUACUGGAAUGAAGCACCUUACGACACUGCAUAUUAACAUAGUCUCACUGGAAACAUUAGAUAAAGGAGUAUUUGACGGCUUGGAAAAUUUAACGACUUUGAAUUUAGACAAUUGUGUGAAGCUAAAUUUUAAUGACUUGCUUGACAUUAUGUCCAAUGAAGAUGUUUUGCCAAACCUGCAUGUGUUAUCUCUAAGAAAGACAUCAUAUUACAAUUAUAUCGUAACACUAGGGAAACGGUUCUGGAAAAUGUUCAAACGUCCUGUGACGUUCUUAGACAUCAGCGAAAUGAAAGUAACUGGAUAUGAUUUACGUAUUUUGGAUAUCGACGAAAGCUUCGGUCGAAGUCUUGAACAUGUAAAUGUUUCCGGAAUAUCAGUCUCUCACGGUUUAAGUAACUACGUGUCCCACACACGAGUAAUGCAAAAUUUAAAGACAGUUGACUUAUCUGGUAUUUACAAGCAUGACACUGGGAUUAAAUCAAUCAUUUUUUGUAGUCCGUUGUCUCGGUCAAUAUCAAAUAUACGUGACUUGCGUAGUACUAUAUCCCGUAAUGGAUGGACGAAAUUAGGGGAAAAUAUCGACACUCUUUAUUUAGAUCAUGUAUGUGGGGAUGAUGAAAAACUGUCCCCAUUUAUUUUUCAAAAUAUAAAAAACGUUUCAUAUGUUUAUGAGAAAGGUCACAGUUAUUCGGCAAACCUAAAACGGGUCUAUUUCAGGAAAAAUAACACCAGAGUGUUUGAUGCGGAAGUGCGUUAUUACAACCUAAGCAGUCUGGUGUUCAUUGAUUUAACAGGAAACGGACUUGAAUAUAUACAUCCUGUAAUAUUUCAGAACUUUCCCUUCUUGGCAAAUCUGGUACUAUCCGAUAAUAAUUUAGGUCGAAUGCAGUUGACAAAUGAAACAGAUUUUGUUGGACUGUUUAGAUCAUUACAUUACCUCGAACAAAUUAAAUUAGAUAAUAACAGACUCAAUGCUAUUCCACCACUGACAUUUGCUGGCAAUACAAGAUUAACAUCGCUUGAUUUAGAGUCCAAUAUGAUCACUGAUGUAAGUUUCCUUUUGAAAGAUAUGCCAACUUUAACGCAAUUAAACCUUAGGAACAAUCGCAUUAAAAUUGUGCAAUCGUCAACAAUAGACUGGUUGACAAAUUUCCCCUCAGUAAAAGUGACAAUUGGUGGUAACGUGCUGACUUGUCAAAAAUGUUCCGACUACUCAUCGGUCCAAAGCCUUUUAAAAGGACACCCAUUAAUCGCAGACUUCGAUGAAUUGCGUUGUGAAGCGGGGAAAGACGUUCCAGUAAAAUUAUCUUCAGAUGUGCUCAAGUCGCUGACAUUUGACUGUCAUCGUACAGCAAUUAUCGGUGCUACGGUGGCAAGCACAGUAGCUGUCGUUACAACAGUGUGUAUCGGAAUAACUGUUUUGCGCUACAAAAGGAAAAUUAAACGAAGAGAGAAUCGCAUGGCUAGCGCUGUGGCCAACUUAAACCAUGGCAAUGGUUUCGCGGUGUAUUUGAUUUAUAGCAGCGUUGACGAGGUUUUCGUUCGGAGUGCAGUUUUCUCGCCUUUGAAUGAGAAGCUAAAGCAAGUGACGGGUGUUGAGCGGGACUUAGUGUGCAUUGGUGAUGAACAGUUUAGAGUUGGUUGGAACAUAUAUCGAGAAAUGUACAGAUGUAUGGAACGUUCGAAUGUAGCUGUUGUAGUACUUUCUGAAGGCUUCACUAAUAGCGUUUUCUGUGAUCAGGAGAUUGACAUUGCAAUGCAGCUUAAAAAGCCAGUGAUAUUGUUGUUGAAAGGAGAUAUUGACAUAAACCAACAUUCAGAACUCAUUCAGCUAUUGUUUCGAACGAAUGUCCGUAUUUUAUUCGGAUACGAGGAUAACGAACUGAUCCUGAAAACAACAUGGGAUAAAGUGUGCGAAUCAUUUCUGCAGAUGAGCUAGAUUGCUUAACCGACCAAUUAUUGCGAUGGAAUAAUGAAAAACAUGUAUGGAAAUGUUGCAUAGACCGAUCAUAUUGUCUAUAUUGAUUUUGCGUGUGCUAACUCAUACAACCCUUAAAGACGGUUUUAUACACGUUUCAUUAAAUGAUCUGUUUUUGUUUGAACUUUUAACUUUGGUUGGUAAGAGCUUAGGCAAACUCACGAUUUUUAGUUUGUGCCAUAAGUGUCAUUUCUGCACUAUACUUUACAUCAAAAUUUUCCCACCGUUUAAAAAGAACUACAUUAAACAUGUCUUAAACAUGUAUAACAUUGAGAGAAUUUGCUGGGAUGACAUUUGUCGCUCGGCUGCAUAUCCCUAACAUUUUACUAUGUGUAUGUAACUUUUGCGUUUGAAUGUUCGGUAUGUUUAACUAUAAAAUCCAUUCACAAACUCAUUGUUAUUGCUGCCACGGACGCAAAAUUGAGUCGUUUCGCACAAUUCACAAAGAUUUUGGUAUAUAUAUAUGUGUUUUGUUGUUAUUAAAACAAAAUAGUAUGUUCAAGUUUCAUGAUGACAUAUCAUUUUGAUAUUGACAUAUAAAGUUGAUCUUAUAUAUUCUUGUUGUGGAAAUAUAUUUGGUUGUGAUUUUCAUUCACUAAUGGUUCCGUUCUAACAAACAUUACUAUUCAUCAUAAGAAUUAAUACAUUUAGUAACCGCAUGGCAGGAAUACAAAUCUAGUGCCCAUAUUAAAACU